UUCUAUAAAUCAAUAAAUUGGAAAUUAUUUGGAUAUGCCGGUAGACAUCAAGAAAUUAACAUGAAAAAUUCUUUAUUUCCACGUACCUUCUCUUACCGAAGCUAUCGAAUUAAGAAAGAUUUUUGUCGCUGUUUUGCAAAUUGAUUUUAAAUAACUUGUGUAUAACAUAAAAACAACAGUAAGCCAAGUGUUGGACACAAACAUAAAUUAUUCAAGUGAAACAUUUUCAUAUAUAAAUUGAGUUUAUUAUCAAUCUAAGCCUCAAUUCGAUUCGAAUCAUCAUAGUGCUAACUUGUAUCAAUUUAAAUAUCCGUAAAAAUAAUAACAAGCAAUGUCAGUGCCAUUCGUUACAUUGAAAAACGGUCAGAAAAUUCCAGCACUUGGUUUGGGAACAUGGAAGUCACCACCUGGACAAGUAGAACAAGCAGUUAAAGACGCUAUUGAUGUUGGUUACCGGCACAUCGACUGUGCGUUUGUUUACGGGAAUGAAAACGAAGUUGGAAAUGCGAUUAGCGAAAAGAUUGCUGAUGGUAAAGUUAAGCGAGAAGAAUUGUUCCUCACAAGCAAGUUGUGGAAUACAUUCCAUAAUCCAAAGGAUGUUAAACCAGCUUUGGAAAAAACUCUCAAAAAUUUGAAGACCGAUUAUUUGGAUUUAUAUCUCAUUCAUUGGCCGAUGGGAUAUAAAGAAGCCGGUGAUGACUUAUUCCCAAAGAACGAAAACGGAGAACUUCUGUUUUCGAACGAUGAUUACGUCGACACUUGGAAGGCAAUGGAAAAUUUGGUUGAUUCAGGCCUCAUCAAGUCUAUUGGAUUAUCUAAUUUCAACUCAAAACAAAUUGAACGUGUAUUGGAAAUUGCUCGCAUUCCACCAGUUAUGAAUCAAGUUGAAUGUCAUCCUUAUCUGACUCAGAAAAAGUUGAUGGAAUUGUGUCGAAGCAAAGGCAUUCAUAUCACGGCAUAUUCCCCUCUUGGAUCUCCCGAUCGUCCCUGGGCAAAGCCUGGAGAUACAGAAUUAAUGCAAGAUCCAAAGCUUUUGGAGAUUUCCAAGAAGUAUAACAAAUCAGCUGCACAGAUUCUUAUCAAGUAUCAGUUGCAACGAGGUAACAUUGUCAUUCCAAAAUCAGUCACUAAAUCCAGAAUUAUGAGUAACUUUGAUGUCUUCAAUUUCGAACUCAAUGAUGGCGAUAUUGCUGCAAUCGAUGCUUUCAACAUGGGCGGACGUUUCUGUCCUUUGAAUUUUGAUGGUCUACCUCAACAUCUCCAUUAUCCUUUUAACAUUGAAUAUUAAUGGGAACAGACAAAUUGUGACAAUCGAUAUUUCAUGUUUGUUUUGUUUUAUGUAAAUAUUUAUUCCCUUUGUUCUUCAAAUUUUAAAAAUUUACGAGCAACAUUCAUAUCAAUUGAAAUACUUAUAUGUAAACAUUAUCACUUGAACUUCAACUACAUUUAUAUUUAAUAAGCAAGAUUGAAUUCACAUGUUUGACGUACAUACCAAGAUAUACGUACAUUUAUGCAUGCUUCUAAAUAUUUAUGUAGGUUUUGAAAAAUAAUCUCAUAAAUUAUGGUAAAGGAUUUCAAUUUUCAAUAUAGGAAAGAAAGACAAAUAGAUAAUUAAAUGUGUGUGAAGAAUUCAUUUCUUCUUUUAAUAAACAGAAGAAGUUCCUUAUAAAUAUAUUUACCACUAAUGAAGAUCUGAAAAGAUAUUUCUCAGUUACUAUGAUUAUUAAGAAGAAUGAACGUUUGAUCAUUAAUAAAACAUUUUAAUUUUUAUGUUGGGUGAAAGUAUUUACAUUUAAUGAUAAAUAUUUGUAUUGGGUAAAGUAUGUUUAACAGAAGUCUUUCCAAUCAGGUUUCUUUUCUUAGUUUUAAACCAUAAUUAAUUAUUCAUGUAAUUGCCGUUUAUAGAGUUACACAUCAUCCGUUUUAUCCAUUUGCUGAGGCGUAUUAGGAUUCAUUGCAUCAACACAAACACUACGAUUUUAAAACAAGGCUCAAGUAAACAAAGAACCAAAUUCAAAAAGAUUUGCUCCAACUUACAAUGUCUUUUAAAAAGUUUUUAAAAAAUAAUCUACAAAAUAAUCUACAUGGAAACAUAAAUCUGCAUGUCAAUAAAAUGGAUCCGAUCAGCAAAAUAAA